AGAGAGAGAGAGAGAGAGAGAGAGAGAGAGAGAGAGAGAGAGAGAGAGAGAGAGAGAGAGAGAGAGAGAGAGAGAGAUGGCGUCAGGAGGAGGCCAGGGCAAAGGUCCGGACUCGGAUCUGGCACCUGUACUUCAGCAAUUGAACAUUGCGGCCCUGCGGUCCCGGGUAACAGAGCUGCAGAACACGGUGGAUCGUCUUGUGAAAACGUUCUUUGCCCAGCCUAAUAGUAUGAAGUGGGCAGACGUUUUGGGCCAGUUUGCCAUCGUCAAUGCACAGCUGUACAAACUGGUGGAAGAUAUGAAACCAGUGAUGAAGAUGUUUCUGGUGCACCCGAAGGAUGUGUCUGCCGAGAAUGCAGCGAUUCUUCCAAUCAUGCUGUCCUCAAAGCUUUUGCCCGAAAUGGAAGCCGAGCAGACACUGAUGACAGAUCAGCUGCUGGGUUCAAUGGCAGGACUUCCUCCUAACGUUAUGGAAGAGCGGUUGCAACUCGAAAAGCAAAUGAAAACUGUCUGCGAUAAAGCUGAGAAGUUAAUCAACGACUUGGCCAAAGCGUGGUCUUUGAAGUCCCGACAAGGACCGAAUGCUGGGAACUGGCCAAGACUGGAUGCUGUGCAAGCGGGGAGAAUCGCAGAGCAGGAGAAGCUGAUAAGAAUGGGCAUGAUGUCGGGCGAAGGCUUGCGUUUGCCUCCUGAUCAGAAGGAGAGACCUGCAGUGCUGCCGAGCCACCUGGCGCCACGUCGGCCCUUAGUGUCAGGCGGCAGCAUGCCAGAUACCAGCCGAGUAUCAGGCGCCGUAGAUCCCACUGGGCCGGGUCUCCCUCGACCUCCGUUGGGAUCUGUAGGACAUGGAGGUCCCUUAGCAGCCAAUUCUCCUGCAAAUAGAACCAUUGCCAUGUCUGUGCCUUCUGGGUCGGCGGUGUCUGGCGGCACCCCUGUAGGAACCCCGGGCACUGUUCAAGCGGGGAUGAUGGGCCCAUCAGUGUUGGGAGGAGCUUCCCCAAGGCCUGGCCUGGUGGCUCUGUCAAGCCAGGCAGGGACCCCUGGGCAUGUGAGCGCAUCUGGGCAUGCUGGAACUCCUUCCUCUGUUGUGACUGGUGUGGCCUCCCCCCAUGUCGCAUCUCCUAGGAUCGCGUCACCGAGGAUCGCAUCCCCGCGCCCGGCCUCUCCCAUGCAGGGGGUCCCUAUGGCUCAUGCUUCUCCCUUGCAGGGGGUCCCUUUGGCCCAUGCCUCUCCCAUGCAGGGUGUUCCCAUGGCCCAUGCUUCUCCCUUGCAGGGGGUCCCUAUGGCCCAUCCUUCUCCCUUGCAGGGGUCAUAUAUGCCCCAUCCUUCUACCAUGCAUGGGGUACCUAUGGCCCACCCGUCUUCCAUGCAGGGGCUGAUGGCGCACCCUUCUCCCAUGCAAGGGGCGAUCGGUGGUCAUGCUUCGUCCAUGCCAGUGCCUGUGGGACAUGCCUCUCCCAUGCAGGGACCCAGGAGUGGGCAUGCUUCUCCCAUGCAAGGGCCUAUGGGUGGUCAUGCAUCCCCCAUGCAGGGGGCCAUUAGUGGUCAUGCGUCCCCCAUGCAGGCGGCCAUCGCCGGUGCCUAUGGGUCAUCUUAUGAAUGUGCCGUCGAGUUCAGUUGUUAGUUCGCCGUUUGUGCAGGCCUCCCCAGGAGCAUCCUUGUCAAUUCCACACUCACCG